UCGUGGGUGGACAUGAUGUGGACAAUUGUGGCCUGGAGAUGGUGGAUGCCAUGGAGCCUCCUGUGGCGCUCCGUUGCGGCAUCACCUUCCUUGAGGCGAGCGGCAAACACACCGCGAAUUGCUUGGUCCUUUUGGGACAAGGGGGCGGAGCUGCUGCCGCCGUUCCGAAGACUCUGCGUUGAAUCAUGGGCAGCACAGAAUCCGCACUGGGAGAUUGCCAUUUUGGAUCAGCGCAACGUUUUUGAGUACUUGUCUCCCUCAGAUUUGCCCAGACUGUGGCCACAGAUGUAUGUCCCCUGGCAAGCGGAUGCAGUCCGAUUGGCACUCCUCGCAAAAUAUGGAGGCCUGUGGAUAGAUGCAUCAACCAUUUGCUUCCAGCCCUUCGAUGACUGGUUCUAUGGUCCCAUCCUUUCUGAAGAACGCAGGGAAGACAUUGCGGCAUUCUAUUUCUCCGCUUGGGGUUGUGAGAUGCACAAGAGCAAGGAAUUUGUUGAGAAUUGGGUCGUGGCUGCAAAACGUGAGCAUCCGUUGAUUUUGGCCUGGCAAGCGCUCUUCAAUGGCUAUUGGAACACGAAAUCCAGGGCUGAUGCCUACUCCAUGUUCUUGGACCCUCCUGGAGUCCCAGAACAUCCGCUUUUUCGGGAUGUGGACCUGAGCCACUUGAAACGCUUUGGCCAAGACCUGAGAAAUUACCUGCUGAUGCAUGCGGCCUUCAAGAAGAUGAUCGACCAAUAUCCUGAGUUCCGGCGGAUUUGGGAAGAGGAGAUGCUUCUCAUCCGGGCAGAUGACACUGCUUUCUGGCAGAUGGAAGAGCCAGAUGUGAAAUGGGAUCCCCAAGCCGCGAUGCGAAAGUGGCGCGGCAAGACAGACAACUCUUGGUUGGAAUACGUCAAGAAGUCGUGUCCAGUAUUGAAAUUUACCAGAGAUACGGCGCAGCUGCUUGACGAACUCUCACGAGAAGACUGCUUGCAGGCAGGAACUUGCUUGGGAGAUGCUUUGCGAGUGGCUCUCCGUGCCUCAAGGCAGUGAGCCGAAGGAGUGCUGGACACUGACCAACUUCAAGGCAUGGGCCGCGAUGAUGGGAGCCAGCAAGGCUAAAUGAUGAGUUUCAACCGAGGGCACAUGGAUAGCCAGGAUCAGGGCUAUGGGCCACUGCUUCUUAUCAUUCGGGGAAAUAUGGGGAAAUCACCAGAAUCAAGCUCAACCUACAGGUGUUCCUGAACGAGAAUGGCUUGCUUCGCAAGGGCAGAAGAGUCGGAUAGAGUUGAGGAGCUUCCACUCUCAGCUGCUGUUCCAGAGCUCAGCGGAGCGCAAUACUCGCAAGUGGCCAAUGGUGGAAAA